GGAGUGCAACAGUUCAGCUCUGAAUUGGAGCGGAAAAUAAUAAGAGGAGGACACACGGAGAGCAGAGCAGAUCUCAUCUCCUGCGUGCAAAGAGCAGCGCGGCUGUAGCAUGUUUCACUUCAUGAAGAUGAGAGGAAUCGGCCAGCUGAGAUCGUGCAUGGUGUUGAUGCAGGAUCGGGUGGUCAGGGGGACAGGGACAGCCACCAUGAGCAGACUGAUGUCUAGCAAAACAUAUAAUGUUCCUCCGAGCACCAAGUUUGUCGCGCGCGUGUCCGGAAUCGCCACCAUGGCCAAGUUACCAUAUCAGGACACAGCCGAGGGUCUGGACGCAGCCUUCAUCGGGGUACCCAUCGACACCGGGACCUCCAACCGACCCGGAACCAGGUUUGGCCCUCGGCACAUCCGAGCCGAAUCGGCCAUGUUGAGGCACUACUGUGGCACAGGAGCUGCACCCUGGGAGUCCAUGAUGGUUGCAGAUAUUGGUGACGUCAAUGUGAACUUGUAUGACCUAAAAGAUGCCUGCAAACGGAUUCGUGAGGCUUAUCGCAAAGUCGUGGCUACUGGCUGCAUCCCGCUUACACUGGGGGGCGAUCACACGAUUGCGUACCCGAUUCUGCAGGCCGUGGCAGAAAAACAUGGUCCAGUAGGUCUGGUCCAUGUGGAUGCUCAUGCUGAUACAGGGGAUGUGGCCAUGGGGGAGAAGAUCACUCACGGUACACCAUUCAGGCGCUGUGUGGAGGAGGGACUGCUCGACUGUAAACGUGUGGUUCAGAUUGGACUCCGGGGCACUGCUUAUACACCUGAUGCUUAUAAGUGGAGCAGAGAACAGGGUUUCCGUGUGGUGCAGAUCGAGGAGUGUUGGCACAAAUCUCUGGUGCCACUCAUGACAGAGGUUCGGGCCCAAAUGGGUAAAGGGCCUGUUUACCUCAGCUUCGAUAUCGAUGCUUUGGAUCCUGCGUUUGCCCCUGGCACUGGAACCCCUGAGAUCGCAGGCCUCACACCUAUUCAGGGACUGGAGAUCGUUCGUGGAUGCCGAGGUUUGAACCUUGUUGGCUGUGACUUGGUGGAAGUUUCCCCACCGUACGACACUACAGGAAACACCGCUCUGACUGCAGCCAACCUGCUUUUCGAGAUGCUUUGCGUCCUUCCGAAGACAAAAAUCUACGGACAAUGAAUAAAUGCUUACAAUUCAGUUUUAAGGAUCUCUGUUUAUAUUGUUGCACCUUUUGGUCCUGCAGGUCUUGUGAGCAUUGAAAUAAUUUGCCAAAGUUGACUCUGUUAUUCUUGAUGUUAAUGAACUUGUAAUGAACACGUAAACAAAUAAUUUGUUGCUCGGUACAUGCCAAACAUAUUUCUUUAUAAAACAGUUGGUGGGCAGAGUGAGGCUUUGUGAAACAAAUAUCUGAAGCGGUCAUACUAGAAAUUGUUUCAAGGUUUCGUAAC